UUUCAGACCACUCUCAAUAUAACAUUCAAAAAUGGAUGAAACAUUAAAUGCAAGUCGUCCUUACAACCAACUGAUCAGUCACGAGGAAGCCACUGAAGAUGAUUAUACUUUUUCUUCCAAUUCAGAGAAUCAAGUGACUGUGUCGGCGCUGAGACCUGAAUCAAGCAUAGAUCAUUCCAAGUUGCUCAAAGUGGGUCUAGGAGUGUUUGCACUGAUCCUGCUAGUGGUGAAUAUUGGCCUGGGGGUGUACUAUAACAAACUCACUGCUAAUAAUAUAGUAAGAGACAUCAGUGGUGAGAUAACCAAACUUCAAGCUUCUUAUGACGCUGCAGUCCAAAGUAGGGAUGAAGCCAGGAAACAGCUGGCGAUGGAGAUCCGUGAGCAGCAGGUCACCAAGUGGGAACUCGCGCACCUGAACGUUAGAGUUAAGGACUAUGAAAAAAAGGUUGAAAAGAUUCAGCUGGACACUGUAGCACUGAGAUCCCACCUCCUAAUGAUAAAGGAAGGCUGCAGACACUGUUUGCCUGGAUGGACUUUCAUGAGCUCAAGCUGUUUUUACUUCACGUUUUCUGACACCGUCAGCCGCGUGUCAUGGAACGGGGCCCGCCAGUCCUGCAAGAGGUUAGGAGGGGACUUGGCAAUCAUAAACAGCAGAGAGAAGAAUAUUGGAAUAACUAGUUUGAUUAGCUCUUACCAAGACCCCUCAAGAGCAAUGAUCCACAGUGGUUUCUGGAUCGGUCUGACAGAUGAGGAGGAGGAAGGCGUUUGGAAAUGGCUGGAUGGGACGAGACUGACUGAAGGGUUCUGGAAUCCCGGAGAACCAAACAACGUUAACAACGAGGACUGUGCAGCAGUGUAUCCCAAAAGCAACCCUUUCACAUCCUGGAAUGAUGCACCUUGCAAUUUUAACUUAAAGUGGAUUUGUGAAAUGGCACCAACAUCUUUGAGAUAAAAAAUAAAUCGUUUCAAGGUUCUGGUUAAAUUUGGC